AUGCCCGGAAAACUGGAUCUUCCAACGAUCGCCCCUGGGGAGUUUAAGUCACUACAUCAUAUCAAGAACAAGACUGAGCCUGCAGUCGACAUCCAUCAGCGAUACUGGAACCAAACUGUCGGAUCUACACUAAAGACCUUCCUGUCCAGCGCCGAGUAUGGCUCUCGAAGCCAAUGCCUCAUCCUAGACCAGUUCUCCAACCAUGUCGUGCCAUUUCUCGGAUCGUCGCCCGUGCUGGGUGAACCGCAAUGGAAGAGCUUCAUGACAGAUAAUCACUGCCCAGCGGAGCUGAGCUGGGACUUUCAGAUCGGCACCAGCCAGCCCACAAUCAGAUAUUCUAUCGAGCCCAUCGGUCGUGAGGCAGGUACAGCUGCUGAUCUAUACAAUGAUGAAGCUGCUGCAGUCUUCACACAACAAGUCAUCCGAGCAUUCCCCGAUAUCGACACAACACUCUUUAACCACUUUGAUGAUUACUUCAAUGGACGAUGGGCCGCAGAUAAACCAGAAGGCCAUCGUAGCACGAUGUUCUGGGCAUUCGACCUGAAAGAGUCAGCUACUACGAAUAAGGCUUACUUUUUCCCUGGUGUCGUGGCUCACUCGAUAAGUAAAUCAACAAUUGACGUUGUAACGGAUGCUAUAUCUUCUGCUCCGGGAUGGCGGCAUAACAACAUCAGUGCCUUCUCUAGUUUCGCCAGAUUCGUCAAUGAACGUCAGACUCUCAACCUCGAGAUGGAUAUGCUGGCACUGGACUUGAUUCCCAUUGAGAAGUCGAGACUAAAAAUCUACUUUCGAGACAGGCGGACAGAUUUCCGAUCAGUCACAGAAAUGAUGUCACUUGGAGGCAGAAUUCAUGACAAGGAGUUCGAAGUCGGCAUGAGAAAUCUGAGGAGUUUCUGGGACGCAUUAUUAGGAACGAGCGGAGUGCCUGAUGAUGUUUCUCUCCCACACAAAAACCAUCGAACAGCUGGCAUUCUCUACAAUGUCGAGUUCCGUACGAACAGCACGAUACCAAAGGUCAAGAUAUACAUACCAGUCAGGCACUAUGCGAACAACGAUUCACGAAUCAUUGAGGCUUUGGGGGACUUUUUGGCAAACCAAGCGACUAAGCAACCGGACGUCUCCAUCGAUUCGAUCUGGACCAAGAGGUAUUCGGACUGUCUAUAUAGUAUUUUGUGA